AUGGGGGUCAGUCAGCAUCUUGGAAACCAGGAACAGGGGCCUGCUGCAGGCUCUGUGAUUUUAUUGCACAUCUCGAGCUGUUCCGUAUUUCUCCGAAAGCCCUACCUGGUCGUGAGAUGGCACAAGAACCUGGACUUUCAGUUACACAAGCGUCUGGGCCUCAACUUCGUCUUCAACGGGGCACCCGAUGAUGACGUCACGCCAUUGACAGCUGUGCAGCAACUGAAACAGCAGCGGGAUAAACUCAAGCAGUAUCAGAAAAGGAUCACUCUGAAUCUGGAAAGAGAGAGAGAUGUGGCGCGGCAGCUCCUGAGAGAUGGGAAAAAAGCAAAAGCCCUGCUGCUGCUAAAGAAGAAGCGCUACCAGGAGCAGCUGCUAGAUAAAACCGAAAACCAAAUCAGCAACCUGGAACGCAUGGUCCAGGAUAUUGAAUUCACCCAGAUUGAAAUGAAGGUGAUUGAAGGCCUGAAGAUUGGCAAUGAAUGUCUGCAUAAAAUGCACGAGGUCAUGUCAGUAGAGGAGGUGGAAAGGAUAAUAGACGAAACCCAAGAUGCUGUGGAAUAUCAAAGGCAAAUAGAUGAAAUGCUAGCUGGUAGCCUCACUGAAGAAGAUGAAGAUGCCAUUUUAGAAGAAUUAAAUGCCAUUACUCAGGUGAGCCUUAAUUUCAUGCUCUGGUAAUUACUUUUAAUCCAC